GUGCUUCAAGUGGGGAAAGUCUGCAUCUGGCGUCAUCGACUUCCACUGGGGACAACUCUGGUGAAGGUCGGCGCAAUGUUGCCUUGGCUAAUCGUAACCAGGGUGAUGCACAGUUAUUGUUGUAUGGGUUUUCAAAAGGGUUUGGUAUUCUUUUAAAAGUUUUGGGUCGAUUGUGUGACAACUUGAAGUCGGUCGCGGAGCAUCCAGAGAUGGUUCGAGAUAAAUUGGCUAAAGCGGUUGAGCAGGGCCGUUCUCACAACCUCUGUUGGUGGAUUUAGGGAUUUUACCUUUGGGCAUGGUGCCUAAGAAAGAACUGGGUAAGUUCCUCCUGAUCCAUCAUUUGACAUAUACGAAAGGUUCUUAGGUGAAUGAUGACACUGAUGCGACCCUGUAUUCUGUCUCCUACGCAUCAUUUGACCAGGCGGUUGAGUUGGUUCAGAAGGCAGGACACGGGGCAUUGAUGACGAAGGCUGACGUGGAGACGGGUUUUCAAUUACUGCUGAUUCAUCCGGAUUAUCACCAUCUGUUAGGUAGCAUGUGGGGCUUAUUUUGUGGACCUUUGCUUGCUUGUUCCUACUUCGAAACGUUUAGUUCCUUUUUGGAGCUGGUGGUGCACGAGGAAUUGGGUGGGGGUUCUUUAGUGCACGAUCUCGAUGACUUCUUGUGUGUGGGCACUGCCAGGUCGGACCGUUGUGGCCAUACCUUGCGGUCUUUGGAGUGGGUGGCUAAUUCAUUUGGGGUAUCCCUGGCAGCCGACAAGACGGUGGGCCCUACCACCUGUCUGUUUUCUUGGCUUGGAGAUUGAUUCGGUGGCAGGGGAAUGUCGGCUGCCUAGGGAUAAGGUGAUUGCACUUCGGGAGCUCGUGUUGUGUGUUAGAGGGUCCAGAUACUUUGAGAGAAUUUUGCGUGUAGGGUAAUUUGCAUGGGGAGAGUUUUUAGCUGUUUUCUGGCAAGGGCAACUUGUGGGGUCUGGUCUCCACGUCACAUUGUCAGGGUCAUGGGACCAUGAAGUUGUAUUAGUGGGUCUGGGAAUUGUGUUAUGUUGUUCACAGAUUCUUCGGGGAGCAUAGGUUUUGGGGCAUAUUUGUCGGGCAUGUGGUGUGCUGCUCAGUGGUCUGAGGCCUGGAAAGCAAGUCCUCUUAUCCGUAAUUUGGGGUUUCUUGAGUUGUUCCCAUUGGUGAUAGCUUUGGCGUUUUGGGGGGAGGUGCUGCGGGACAGGAAAGGUGUUAUUUUUUUUUUAUGGUGGUGGUUCAUGUGGUCAUGUGCUUAUCUGCAUCUUCGGUCCUGGUUGUACGCUUAUUACGGCAAUUUGUGUGGUUUUGCAUGUCUUUUAAUAUUGUUUUUCGGGCAUGUGACAUGCUUGGUUUGUUAAACGUGGUGGCUGAUUCCUUGUCUCGUUCACAGUGGGAACGGUUUCGGCUGGUGGCUCUGGGGGCCCGAAAGGAAGGACAGGCCUGUCCGGAGGAAAUGUGGUGGCUUGGGAUGUCAUGCUUUGAGAAUUCACAAGGAAUUCUUUGGCGCUUGGCACGUGGGCUGCUUAUGUAAAGGUUUGGGAUGCAUGGGACGAGGCGGUAGGUCACACAGGGGUGUCCCAGUUAAAGGAGGGAUGGUUGGAUACUGUUCUGUGGUUCCUUUGCCGUUUCUUACCACAGCGUUUGUCUCCGUCUGUAAUCGACAGAAAUAUGGCGGCAUUGGUGUUCCUGUUCAAGUUGAAUGGUUGAGAGGACGUUACAAAACAUUUUCUCAUUCGUCAAGCAUUACGGGGCUUUAGGAGAUGUAAGAAAUCGGUGGAUGCUAGAAGACCGGUCGGGAUUGUGACGAGACCAAUCUCGCCACAUUGCACUGGAGAAGCCUGGUUGCUCGCCUGCUGCCUUUGGACUAUGGCCCCCUUUUAAAAGACUUUAUUUUUGCCUGCAGAAAAGCUGUAUUCGUGCUUUUCUGCCUGGGUUUCAGUAGAUUUGUUUGAAUGUGUUAUACCCCAGAUAGGAAUCCCAUGGAGCCCAUUCGUAUGAAACUGACUGUAAAGACUUUUGCUCCAUGGCGAUUAAACUGUAUUUGUGUGGUCCGAGCGCCAUUCACUUAAUAAUGUGCGCUCAGACCUGAGCUAUCUGGGGAUAUGUGAAAUGUCUGUGUGUUAUGUGUAAAAUGUAACUUUAUGUAUUUUAAAGUGUUUUACUGUCUUUGUGUCUUUUUGCAACCAUGUGCUUAAUGGAGUCUUGUGUCUGUCCUGGGAGAUAAUUGAAUUACUCUCCAGGAUAGAAGACUCUGAAACUGGUUUGGGCCAGAAAGCCAUGCUUCAUUUAGUCACAAAGGACUUUUUACUAACUUUUGAACCCCUUGUCUGAUUCAUGCCAUUUUUAAUAUGUUGUUCCCCUGAAUGGAUUGAUUGUGAAUAUGUAAUUUUAUGUGAAUGUGAUGUAUGGUUUUAGAGUUAUGAAAGUUGGGUAGAAAGUAUGUUUUAACUGUAUGUGUAAUUGAGUUUCCUCUCAGGAUAAGGGGAGGGAAUAUGUGGGAUGUAACUGUGAUGUGAUUGGUUGUUUUAUACCUCCCUGUGGGCGGUCCUGUAUUUGCAAGACUGUAAUAAAAACCAGGCUGGGUGUGCCAGCACCUCAGACCACUGCUUGACCCUCAACACGGAGCCUUGUCUCGCUCUUGGGGGGAUUCACUGUAUGCUGUUAGAGACUGAUUGCCAGGAGUGUAAGCUGAUUGUCUGCUUUUCCUGUUCGUCUGCUAGCAGCUAUUUGGGAGGUUCCAGUUCGGGAGUUGGAGUGCUAUUUUGUAUCCAGUUUGGGAGUUUGGUGUUCUGCAGUAGCUGUGCCUGUAUCUCUGGAAAGGGGGGCGAUCGCCUAAACGGUUUUUACCCCUUGUGUGCAAAACGGUCCGUUACAAUUGGUGGCAAGCGGCGGGAUCGUUCCUACAGCCAGAAGGACAGCUACAGGAGACACCAUUCCAUGGAUUUUACAAUUUGAGGGCAACGCAUGUCUCAGUACAGCGACCCUGACAGCAACAGAAUGGAACCAGCAGUGGAGUACAGAUACUCUGUACAGGAAUUUGACCGCAUGAUGUGGUUGCGGCUGAACUUCUACGGACCUAAUCCAGCUGAGAAAUCCGUGAAGUUCGUGAGGAGUCUAGUAUUCAAGACUCUGCUGUACCGGGCAGAGGGUGACGGUCAGCUGCCACGGUGGGUGGACCUCCACCGGCAGCUACAGUUGCAGGACAGAGAGAGCCCAGUCUCCUCUCCCCAGCGGCAGUGUGAUAUGCAGGGAAUUGGGAGCCCAGUCUCCAUUCCCCAGCGGCAGUGUGAUAUGCCGGGAGUGUAAGCUGUUCGUCUGCUUUUCCUGUUCGUCUGCUAGCAGCUAUUUGGGAGGUUCCAGUUCGGGAGUUGGAGUGCUAUUUUGUAUCCAGUUCGUGAGUUUUGGUGUUCUGCAGUAGCUGUGCCUGGAUCUCUGGAAAGGGGGCCGAUCGCCUAAACGGUUUUUACCCCUUGUGUGCAAAACGGUCCGUUACAGGGAUCUUUUGAAGUCCUGCAGCGCUUAGUGGGAGUGCUGCCAGCGGUGUGUUCAUCUCCUUUUGAGGUGGGGUUAUUCUCAGUUGCCUUCUCAUGAGCACUCUUCGGGGCCUUUCGGAUUGGUGAACUGGUGAGUACCUCUCGGGCGGGUGUUGGGGUUUUCAACACUCGGACAUCGAAUUACGAACCGAUAAGGUGGUGAUUCGGUUCGGCCAUACAAAGACGGAUGUAUUUGGUAAAGGUUGUUUAGUAACACUAUUUUGCUUGCCUGGGUCAGGUGUCUUCCCGGUUUUAUGUGCAUCACACUACAUGGAGAUUCGCUCGGACGUCCUGGGUAGUAUUUUGGUACAUGGAGAUGGAUCCGCUCUGUCGCGGUUCCAAUUCUUUCGGGUUCUUCAGAUGGGCUUGACAGAGCUGGGUUUGGAAUGGGACCCAUUCAUUCCAGAUAGGGGCAGCGAUGGAGGCAUCCUGCUUGGGUCUAGGUGAGGAACUGGUGAAACGUAUAGGUAGAUGGGAGUCGGUACGGUCUUACUUACGGCCUGAACACUUGGUUUAAUGGGCAUAGAUUGGUGGGGUGGUGUUUUGUGUUAUGCCUUGUCACUGAUUCAGUUUUCAUUUUAGGUUGGGUGGCCUGGUUGGUGGGCCACUUUUACAUCUACUGGGCGCAGAAGAGAGCCGCAGUUCAGAAACAAGGAGUGCAGAUGGGUUCUGCUCUGGAGUUGGUGAUACUGGAAUGGUUUGGUUUUCAGGGUUUUGGUUGGCAAGGCAUUAGUGAGGAACUUUUCCGGAGGGUGGCAAGGGGCACCAUUCCAGAUGUACUGUUAAUCCACGCUACAGGUAAUGAUCUGGGCAUGAUCCCAAAAAAGGAAUUAGUCAGAUGGACGAAGAGGGAUGUGGACCGGCUACUGGAGCUGGCUCCAGGUGUGGUGGUGGUGUGGUCUGAGAUGCCAAGGACCUGGCCUCGAUGGUUCGGUGUCGAGGACAAAUCAAUAAAAUGAUGGCGGUCUUAAUUAGGCAUAUAGGUGGAAUGGCAGUGAGGCACGGGGAAUUGGAAGGCAUGCUUCCUGGGUACUUCAGGAGGGAUGGUGUACAUCUUUUGGAUGUGGGGUUUGACCUAUUUAUGUUGGGCCUUCAGGAGGAGCUCAGGAGCUUUAGGUGUCAAGUCCUGAGCUGUGGCAGGGAAUGGCCAGGUUAAAUCAGGGGGUAGAUGGAGGAGGAAGUGGGCAUCCUGAUGUUUUGGUUGGUAGGUUCGAGUCAGUGGUUUCGAACCUGGGGGUGUAGCGGUGUCUUGGUACACCCCUACAAUUGAACUUGUGGGUGUAGCGGUGUCUUUGUACACCCCUACAAUUUAAUCUGGCGGAAAUGUGGUCAUAUUGGACAGCCAGUUUCUGAGUUAAUAUGUUAAUUAGAUUGUUAUCUAUUGUUAUUAUUGUGGGGUCAUUGCCAGGGGUAUAUUAUGUGUAUGGGGGGAAGUUGGCUUUAAUAAUAUUUGUUGGCAAUGACCCUAUUUGUUAUCCUUAAUUAAUUAAUUAAAAAUUAAUAAAACUGUCGACUAAUAUUUCCAACAGAAUAACCUGUGUCCAUGUCUUAAUGAGGUUCAGGGUAAAGUUAACGCAUAUGCUGGUAAAUCUGACUGUGCGUCUGUCAUGUGGUACAUGAUGGCGACCCACCGAUGCCGGAGGUAGAGCUACACCAGCUGAGGGGUUAAACCAGGCUCUCCCAAACUCCCGCCCACCAGAUGUUGCUGAAGUACAACUCCCAUGAUUCUCAGCCUACCUAUUUCAUUCAUAGAAUCAUAGGAGCUGUAGAUUAACAACAUCUGGAGGACGGGAGUUUGGGGAAGCCUGGGUUAAACUCUAUAUGUGCAGCAUUUUAAAGCAAAGCACUGCACAUACAAACUCCACACACCAUGACCAUUUCAAAUCACUGAAGUAGUUAUGGUGCUUGGAUUAACACUUAUAUAGAUCAAUUUUAUGGACUCUAAAAUUAGCCUGACACGUUUUAAAGGCAUACAGAGCAACAUAGUUUUAAAGUUUUAAAGGUGCACAAUCUUGAAAGUAUUUUACUUGUAUGCAAACAAUGUUAACAUUAUAACAACAAUAUGUCUUUAUAUACCAGAAUGUAUAUCGACAUAUGUAAUUCAAUUGCCAUGUAGAUGUUGAUUCUCUACAUCACGUAGUAGAUAGUUGGUACAUAGUUAGGAUGGAGUCUCCCGUAGGUUACUAAGGAUAAUGACAGGUGAGGUUUAAUGUUACUUAUUUUAAUACUAUCAUUAGCAUGUAUCUAUAUAUUGGCAACAAAUUCCACAGCACUAAAUACAUUAAAAAAGUUGAAUAUAAAUGCUCAACUUGAUAAAACAAGAGAUACUAGCAUGGUACGUUUGAAAGUCCUGUUCUAAUAGUUACAGUAUAAAGAAGGAAUGUGUUUGUGUAAUUCUAUUAAUGGUAAAAGAAUAGUCAUAUCUUAAAAUGGUUUUAGCAUAGCCCUGAAAAGGAAAUAUUAACAGUGUAAUUUUAUUAGAUCUCAUCCUUCUAAAAGUAGAUAUAUCAGUUGCAGACUUUUUUAAUUUUUUUUAAACAGGUGGCAGAGGUGGGUUCAAUCAUGUAG